AUGCUCCUGGAAGGACGCCAUGAUUGUAUGAAGGCGACGCGGCCGGAGGAGGCCGCAGGUGAGGCUACGGCCGAGCUCAAGCGCGAGUCCUUCUCUGCCUGCAACGAGCUAACGGAUCAGCGACGACACGAGGAGGAGCUGCUGGCGGCAUUCGCUGUCGCGCGUGUGCUGGCGCGACGUAAACUUCCCCACGAGACAUUUAUGGAGUACAAGAAGGCACUGCGCCACGCUGGAGAGAGCUACGUCAUUCCGGAGCCCUACUACGUAGUGGCCUUUAUCAACGGCGUGGGCUGCGAACAGCUUGCGCACCUGCUACGAGAAUCCAAGCCCGAAGAUCUCGACGCCGCUGCCAAGGAGGCAAUCCUACUGCAGCGCAGCGACGGGGCAGGCCCGUCACUGCUCACAGAGCAGAGAAAGCGGCCACGCGCGGCGGUGCGUCAGGAAUUCCGUCGCGGUCAUGAGCAGCCAAGGAAACGCCCGCGCCGAGACUCUGGGUGCUGCUUCGUGUGCCGCCAGUUCGGCCACUUCGCGCGCGAGUGCCCAGAGCGUUGGGACGAUCCAUACGGUAUGCAGCGUUCAUUCAUUUUUGAAUUCGCUUCGCAAGCUCAACAGCCAACACCCCGUCGCACCGCGACAACUCCCGCUCAGCGUCCGCGCUCGUGCCCGACUCGUGACUCACCUUCGACCACAAUGAUUUACUCCACGGCCAUCUUUCGGACUGUCAUUGCGCUCUCGACGGUAGCUGCGACCACCCAAGCUACGGUGGUGGGUCCUCACCCUUCAACCCAGGGGUCCAAGCGCGGCAAGAGCACGGCACGAUACAUUGAUACAGCGGCGGACUUGUACGAGGCCUCAGUGUUGAAUGUGGCUUCCCCAAACAGCUACGUUAAGGCUGCAGUAAACACCAAGACUGGUGUGAACCUGCGCACGAUCACAUCACCGGACGCCACGGGUGGCACGUUUUCUUACGCCAGCCCGACCAAUUCGGCAGGAGCCGUCACGCUCAUCAAGCAAUCCGAUGCAACAAACACGUACGUCGUCCAGUCGCCGAGGACUGACAAGGGUGUCAAGAGCACCUCGUCGUACGGCACAAAUGUUGGAGGCCACACUAACGUCAAGAAGGGAGGCCCAUACAGCGGACACAGCAAGAAGCGCGGAGAACAAGGCGGCUACAGUACGAACGUCGGUGUCGGUAUCGCGACCACGGUGUGA